CUCCAAUCAGCUGUUGUAAUUGCGUCUAUGUUGAUACAGUUCGAUUUUUUUCAAUUCACAGUAUUUGGUUUUGCGAAAAAUUGAAAUUUUACCUUGUGUUUAGAUUAAGAGGAGAUCGUUUAUCUAAUCUCAUUUUGGACGAAUGAGUAGCCAGACAAAAACGCUAUUCUGAGACCUCGUCAAAGAUCCUAGCAAAAAUAUGACAGCAGCUAGUUCUUAUCUUGAAAAAUUCUUUGGUGGAUCUCACAAAAAAUCAGUAGCAACCAAACAGAUUCUCAUCGGAUCACUAUCGGGAUGGUUCACUGGCUACUCAACGAUGAAAAUAGGAAAAACAGCUGCAUUUCUCCUUGGCGGCGGAAUUAUUUUUCUUGAGGUUGCUAACGAGCAAGGAUGGAUACGAAUAGAUUGGAACCAAGUAUCAGAUGAAAUUGACAAGGCAGCUGAAAGGGUAGAAGAAGUGACAGCUAAUGAAGGUCCCAGAUUUAUAGACAGGAUCAAACAGCUAUGUCUAAAUAAUGCCACCACUGCUACUGGAUUCGUGGGAGGUUUUCUUAUCGGAUUUUCAAUGUCGUAGACGCGUGACUUUAGCUUUAAGAAUGAAUGUUACAAAUAAAAAUGCAAAGCUUAAAAGUU